CGCGGAGGCAGCAGGAUGCCGAGGGCAGCUCUCCGACACGCGGCGUCCGUCUCUCCGUCUGCCGGCGUCCUUCCGCGGACACGGCAUUUUUAAACGCCCCCUCCUCCUAUUACUAUUUUUUUUUCCUUUUUUUUUCGUUUUCAACCCAAAAACUGGAUAUUUCCGAAAUGAAGCGCAUGAACGUGAGCAACAAGAAGUGUCCUCUGUUGUUGUCCCCGAUCUCCAGCAUCACCGGUCCUCCCUGUGGAUGGUUCUCUGACUCUUUGAUGUAGAGUUCUGUGGCGGACUACCAAACUUCUCCCUCUUUUUUCCUUCACCCCUUCUCUCGCGGUUUUCCUUCUAAUGAAACAAAGAUUUCAGGAUAGAUCAACUGUGGGAAAACCAGCGUGCUGCCAUCUGCUCCAAGCGGAAUAACCUUUCUUAGCGGUUAUUCGCCUUUACAAGCAUCUUCUCUGGGCCACGCUGGAAGUCAACCCCCAUGUGGCCGUCGGGAGCGGGCAACAGGCAGCCCUGCCCGCGGGAGUCAGCGCUGCGGAGAGCGGCUCUCAGCGGCAACAUCCUCGCCUUGCCACUGCACCACGUGCCCUCCGGCCGCAGCGUCCGCGUCUUCAUCUGUGCCAACCCUGACGACACGGAGGCUGAGAGAAACGCAUUGAAAGAACAUGUCUACCCCAAACUACGAGACUUCUGCAGGGAGAACUACGGCAUUGAAUUCCAGGUGGUGGAUCUGUACUGGGGCGUGGACCCAGAGGAAUGGGACAGUCCAGAGCUGCAGCGACUCCGAAUGAAGCUCCUGGAAGAAUGUCUGAAGACGUCAGCCGGACCCUGCUUUGUUGGUCUCGUGGGGGAACGGUAUGGCAGCAUCCGCGUGCCUGGCGAGGUGAACUCGGCAGAAUUUGAGAUGAUCCUGGACGCAGCCAUGGAGGCGGGGCUGGACACACACAUUUUGGAAGAGUGGUACUGCAGGGACGAAAACUCCGUGCCACCCGCAUACUACCUCAAACCCAAAGCCCAAAUGUUUAAGAACUUCCAGAACUCUAUGGAGUCCAGCAGCGCGGCCAAGACCAAGAACGACAAAGCCUGGAGGAGCGUGUCGGAGGAGAUCAAGAAGAUAUUCCGCACGGCGGUGCUGCAGCUUCAAGAGAAAGGGUCCAUGAAAAGCACUCAGGCCAAGAAAUUCCUUUGUUCUGCCUUGGAAGAUGAGUUGGACUUUGCUCUUGGGAAACAAACUCCUGCCUUCCUCAGGAAAUGUGUCUGCUACAUUCGCAAAAUCUCCAACUUCGACCGCUUUGCCAAACUCCCCGACAUGGCAAAAUACAUGGAUAUUGUCAUUAGCAGCGACCGCGUCAUGCGUAAUCAGGAAGCCUACGAACGUCUGCUGAAGGUGCGUGAUGAAUUCAUCCCCACCAUCGUGGCCGCCUCCAACCUCCGAGUCUACUCGUCGGUCACGCACUGCGACAUGAAGCUGGGCUACUCCCAAGAGGUGGAGAGCCACUACGUAGAAGGUCUGUGUAAACAGUUCUACGAGGACAUGGUGGACAUCAUUCAAGCCACGGUCCAGCAGAACUUUGACACCGAGUCUGACAAACUGUACGACGAGGUUUUACAACACCUGUCGCUGUGCAAAGCCUAUGCAUCGCUGUACACGUACAAGAGCGAGUCACUGGAUUACAUACAAGAGUACCUUCUGCCAUUCAAGGGGAGCAGAAUGAGCCCUCUGGUGGUGUACGGGGGGCCGUGCACAGGAAAAACAUUGCUGCUCGCCGAAGUCGCCAAACAGGCCUACACAUGGUUGCAGAAAGAAAUGGGCCCCGAAGCCGACCCUGUGGUUAUUAUCCGAUUUAUUGCCUCCAGCCAGCUCUCCACAGACCUACGCACCCUCCUCCAGAGCAUCUGUGAGCAGAUUGCAAUAAACUACCACUGCCUGAUCCACUCUUUGCCUAACAAGAUCCAGGAGAUGAGGGAGCUCCUCAUCAAUCUUCUCGGGGAAUCUUCUUUCCACAGGCCCCUUGUGAUUGUCCUGGAUGCUCUGGAGCAGCUCUCUGACGUUGAUGAUGCCCGCAAGCUGUGGUGGCUUCCUGUACACCUGCCACGAACAGUUCGCAUUGUGGUGUCUACAUUGCCCAAUAAGCACGGCAUCUUGCAGAAGCUCCGAAAUCUCAUCCUUGAUGAGGGAUAUUACGUGGAAUUAAUACAGAGAGACCGCAAGGUCUGCAGCCAAACACUGAAGCAGCAGUUACUGGGGGUACAGAGGAAGGUCACCUCAGGCCAGCAGAUAUACGUCAAUGAGGCGCUUGCCAAGUGCACACUACCCAUGUUUGUCAACCUCAUUUACAGAGAGGUAGUUCAUUGGCGGUCUCACAAAGAUGUGGAUGACAGGUCUUUGUGUUCCACGGUACAUGAGAGCAUAGAACAGUUAUUCUACUCAGUGGAGAACAAGCUGGGCCAAAGAUUCGUCUUCAGAGCAUUGGGGUAUAUCACAAUGGCCAAGGCUGGAUUAACUGAGGUUGAGUUAGAGGACAUCCUAUCCCUGGAUAACAUAGUCCUUGGUGAUGUCAUUGUGGCAUCUUACCUUAGAAACCCCCUGAGGAUCUCGUAUGACUUGGUUGCAAAGCUUAAAGAAGAGCUGGAGGGUUAUUUGGUGGAGCGGCAGGUACGGAAUGUCACUCUGAUGGUCUGGGCCAACAGACACCUACACCUCAUUGCUCAGAAGUUGUAUCUCAGCAAUGAAGAGGAUGUUCAUCAGAUGCACAGCCUCUUAGCGGAGUACUUUCUGGGUGCGUGGUCAGGAGGCAGGAAGAAGAUCUUUACCUAUGAUAACAAUCAUUUCACAUCCCUUAAUAUUUCUCAUCACAAAAACCCUCACCAUCAGCAGCCCCACGAGAAGCCCUCGUCAGACAAAUAUUCCUACGACAGGCAGACUCCUGAGCAGCCUUGGGUGUUCCAGUGCAACCUUUUGGAACCCGACAUUUUCUUCGUCAAUCAUCGAAAAAUGACAGAACUGGUGUACCACCUGAGCAGGAGUGGGCGCACUGACGAUCUUAUGUUUGGGGUCAUCAUGAACUUCAGCUGGCUCUAUACAAUGAUCAAGAUUGGCCAGUUUGAAAAGGCUAUUACAGACAUUGACCUAGCUUAUAGCUAUACUCAAGAAAAGGAGCUAAAGUUCUUGGCCACAACUCUCCGUAGUAUCAAAGUCAAAGUGUUGAAAAAUCCAACAUCGCUGUCGGCAGAACUGCAGCAAAGGUUGUUGCCAGUUGUCACCUCCCUUCCCAAGCUCAGACACCUCCUCUUGGAGUGUGACAAAGACGGCCCAAAGUAUUGCUCUAUUGUGCCUCUUCACUCCUCUAUGGAUGUCACCUACAGUCCAGAAAGGCUUCCUCUGUGUUCCAGCUACAUGCAAAUAGUGGAAAUCCUGCCUACACUGGCCCCAAACAUUGUCCUUGUGGCACUAGAAGAUGGAUCUGUCAGCACAUGGGAUGUGGAGAGCAGACAACUUCUGCGUCAAAUUGAUACAGCUCAGUCUGUAGUGCUGGGAAUCAGGUUAACCACUGAUGAGAAGUAUCUUGUUGUGGCUACAACCAAAAACACGCUGCUCAUCUAUGACAACCAUAAAUCCUGCCUUUUAUCUGAGGUUGAAAUCAAGGGAUCUAAGCAUGGUGGUGUCACUGGGGGUGUGGCCUUCAUUAAUGGUUUUACUUUGUCUACUCAUCAUGCUUUGGCUUGGCUCGAGGCGAGUAAAGAUGUCAAUGUCAUUGACUUACUGUAUGGUUGGCCUCUCUACCAGUUCCAUUGCUGGUAUGAGGUGACAUGUGUCCAGUGCUCUCCAGAUGGGAUGUAUGCAUUCUGUGGCCAGUAUCUCAACACUGCAUCAAUAUUUCAUCUGGGAAAUGGAGACAAGUUGGCUACUGUCACCUCUGAGUUUUCUGGGGGCUUCGUCAAGUCCAUCCUUGUUCUGGACACUCUUCACCAGAUGGUGAUGAUUGACAAUGAAGGCAGUUUGUCUGUUUGGAACACAAAAGAAAUCACCAACCCACGACUGAUGGAAGAUUAUGACUGUCGAGGCGAUGAAAGUGAAGUUGUAGGCAUUGAGUUAUCAGAAGAUCAGCGAUCUAUUCUCAUUUGUAAGGCCAGAAGCAUUGAGGUUUUGGACACAAAAGUGUGGAAAAUGGUUGAAAAGUUCAAAGCCAAGCGUAGUGAACGCUUUGUGGCUGCAGUUCUCUCCAAGAAUGGCCAAAGCAUUGUGGCCUCCAUGGAGAACACAUCAUCCAUUUUUGUCUGGAGGAGGGACAGUGGACAGUGCAUGGCUAGCCUAAUUGAGAUCUCAGGGGCCAUCGUCAAGCUCAUUAAAUCAGUCCACCACAACCUGCUGCUUUCUGUUGCCAGUAGUGGAGUGCUGUCAGUUUGGGAUAUCGAUAUUAUCACUGCCAUGUCAAAUAUUGACAAAACGGGCAAGAAAAUUCAAAACUUACUACUAACUGGCAGAGAGGAUUACGUAUUCACCAUGGACGGCUCAGAAGCUGUUCACAAGUGGAACUUUGGCACAGGUUUCAUUGAGACAGUCUUCAAACAUGAGGGCAUAGUGGAGAACUGUGUCCUAACCUCCUCAGGGGACCUCAUGGUGACAUCAGAUGACAAGUGCAGUCAGUACAUCUGGCAAACAAAUACUGGGGAAAAUAUCUUCCGCAUUAAUGGACAGAGAAUAUCACAGCUGCUAAUUACACAUAAUGACCAAUUUGUUGUGUCCCUCUGUGAGCAAAAUGCCUCCAGGGUCUGGAGGCUUGCUACUGGGCACAAAGUGUGCAACAUCUUAGUCACCCUCCAGAAUGCCCUGAUCACAACAGCCAACACUUUCCUUGUGGGAACAACUAAAAACAAGCUCCUCGCUGUCAGCCUUUGGUCUGGAAGCGUAUCCAAGAAGUUUGUUUGUGAUGAUGGCAUUACCAUCGUUAACUUCAAACUCAUUCCGGACUGCCCAGACUGUGUGGUUUUCAUCACAUCCACUGAGACCGUCUUCAUCUGGAAUGUCGCAGAUGAGUCUGUUUGCAGGAGAGUCCAGCUGCCAUCCAACUUCCUCAAAAACCUAGAGGACUUUCAGAUCUCACCAAAUGGGAAACUAGGAAUUGUGUCCAAAGGCGAUGAGAACAUUAAUGUCCUAGACCUUCACAAUGGAAAACUGAGACUUGUCCAUGCUGCUGGUAUUAUUUGGAGGCAGAAAUUAUCAAGGGAUGGACGUUAUCUUGUAUACGUGUGUUUCCGGAACUGUGAUGAAGACGACGAGGCUGGUGUUGUGUCCAGUCUGAUUGUGAUGCGCCUUGCUGAUGGUAAGAGCAUCGGAACAUGCUCUCUAUACAAGACACCCACUUUCUUGUCUCUCUCACAACGUGCGCUGAACAUCAUUAUCGGCUUUGAGGAUGGUAGCAUUGGCACAUACACAGUUGUGGACCGCGUGGACGCUGCUCUAAAGAUAAAGAUCGCCACCUCAAACAGCCGGCAGAUUGUCAACAACGCCUCACAAAAGGUGCGGCCCAAGUGCAGCAACCAUUCCUUUAAGACCAUUGCUGACUGCGUUUGGAGGGAGUCCACAGAGGUCUUCUCCAGGGAUAGCCCCAUCAAUGUGUCAGACUCUGGAGAAGGUGAGACAACUACCCCUACCAAAAAGGGAGAACUGGUGCAGUAAAUGCC